AUGGGUGACUUAACCGCGCUGACUCCUGUUUCAAGGAGUCCUCAGGUGUGGAGCUGGUUGCUAAGGACUCUCUGCUCCAUAGCAACAGCAGGAGAUUAUUGUGACACCAUCAACGGGCAGCAAGCUGACGCAUCCGGCCUGCUGCUGCUGCUGCUGCUGCUGCAAGCUGAGAUGGUGUCCGGAAAACAAGGCGUUCAGCCCAGAUUUGGUCCGUCAAACAGAAUACUGGAGCUGGCGCAGCACAAAACCUCAAAAACUGUUUGGGCAACGACUCCUUGUGAGAAGCUGAGCUGGGGCAACCAGGAGCCAAUAUGGCCCAUCUCCGCUUCAGCGCUCGGAGCCGCUCCAAGUGCAAGAAUCCAAUACCUAGCCAGGCACAAAAGAGACUUCUCAGCAAGGGAGGACCACCGGAGGAAGGAGGAAGAGGCGAGCUUCUUCAGGACGAGCUGGCGUCCUUCGACCUUCCAGUAUGAAGACAUUGUGCGCUUGUCAACGCCCAAAACCAGGAGCCGGAGCUCCCAGGAAGCACGGCCUCCUCACACUCCUCAGUGUGAGACUAACUGUCCCGUGUGGCACAUCGAUCCCAGAGUCAAAACUGCUGUGAUCUCUGCUCGACUGCUGCAGCUCUCCAGCCCCAAACGGACGCAUCCUGACUUCCAGAGCAACAGGGAGAGCGUUGCCUCAGUCGUCUCCUUUGCGUCCAGAACAGCACGAAUCUCUAAGAGACUGGUCCAGCUAUCACUGCCCAAACUGAGGGAGAGCAACGUCUGCUACGAACUCGGACGUCCAGAGGAACCCAUCUGGACUGUUUCGAGGGCAGCGAGGAAAGCCACAGUAAGCACUCGUGUUGAGAUGCUUGCAGCACCAAAGCAGCUUUCCAACGACUACAUCCCUCCUCGAGAACCAGAGUGGAGCCGGAAAAACAUGCAGUCCACCUGAGCAUCUGUCAGCAUCACCUCCAAGUCAAUGUUUUUGUAAUUUGUAACCUUUGUCAAACUGAUUUCAUUCUGCUCCAAACUAGCACCAUUUAAAACCCACGUCAAGGAAAAGUAAAAAUGCAGAUUAAGACUAACACUAGAUUAGAUUUUUAAGAGAAGAUAGACAGCAAUGAUGCUGAUUUAAUGUCUUUCUGUGCUUUAUUUCCCUUUUAUUUCUUUGUGUUCAGUAUUUUUUCAAAUCAUUUUAAACUAAUUAUGGCAAAGUUUUCGCUUGCUGACGGAAAAAAUGACCAAACCCACAAACCACGCAAAGAAAGAAGCCCUACGUCUUCCUGGAAACUCCAAACAAAAGGAAGACAAAUCCAGACAAGAGAAUGCGCCAGAACUUUUUAAAAACAUGUCUCGAAGUUUUAGAAGACAGUAAAUUAAAUACAGUUAUUAUAACAUGUAAUAAAAUCCUCACUGAGCAGCUGGAGGAUUUUAAAACUGUUAAAUUCUAAUCUUAGUUUGAGACAUCUGGAAGAGAAAUGAUGAUUCUGUGUAGUUCUUUUGAUAUCAUUAGCGUGUGCAUGAAACCUUAAAUGAUCCAGCUUUGAACUGUAUUACAACCUAAUUACAAAUAUUAAAUCUGUGAUCUUACAAAAAAAGUGAAAUGUUGUGAAUUAAAACCAAACUGUGACUCUCUUCGUCUA